GAGCGGGCGGCGCUCCCUGGCGCGCCUGGCGGCGCUUAUGCUCGGCGGCGAGGCCACAGAGCUGACGCCCCUGCGUGGCGAGGCCGACCUCGCAGUCUGGAGGCAGGGCCUGCGGGACCUGGCGUGCCGGUGCGCCAGCGCGGGCGGCACGCCGGGCUUCCAGGUGUUGCUGGUCGACGGUGGCGCCUGCGGCGGCCCCGCCCUCGCAGACGUGGCGGGCUUGGUCAGCUGCGGGGAGGUGCUGGGCCUGUGGCCCCCCGACGAGAGGCGGUACCUGGUGGAGCAGCUCCAAGCCGUGACCGGCGCGAGCGGCGCGCGGCCGCCAGGCUCGGCGCGCGGGAGCAGCGCCUCCAGGCUGGUCAGCGGGUUGAAGUCUAUGGGGGCCCUGCCUCGCGGGGCCGGCGAGGAGAAGAGCUGGGCCCGGAUCCACCACCGGCUGGGCCACUGGUGCCGGGAGCGCCUGCGCGUGGUGGUGUGCCUCCCCGCCAGCGCCGACGUGCUGCGCGAGAGGCUGCGGCGUUUCCCGGCCUUGCUGCGCUGCUGCACCACCGACUGGUUCGACCCCUGGCCUGCCAGCGCGCUCGAGAGCGUGGCCAAGCGGCUGCUGGCGGAUGGUCUUGGGGAGCAGGCUUGCGCCUGCGCGAGGAUGUGUCAGCGGCUUCAGAGCGCCAGCUCGCUCCUGGCGGACCGGCUGGCCUCAGAGCAGGGGCGUUGGCGCUACCACGUGCCCUUCGCCAGCUUCCUGGAUCUGAUCAGGAACUUCGAUGGCCUGCUGGAAGUUCGGCGGGCGGAAGGCGAGCGGCUCCGCGUCUGCCGCGAGGGUGCGGCAAGGCUGCUCGGCACCCUGGAAGUACCAGACUCGAAGGAGCAGCCCGCGCUGGACGGGCCACUGCUCGAACGCGUAGCCCUGCUCAGGGAGCUGCUGCAGGAUCACCCGCCGCGCGACGGCCAACCACACCACGACGUGGGUGACUCCCUCCUGGCUGCCGCCCUCUCUACGCACCUGUCCGCGUUCCCGCCAGCCGUUAGGCGCGAUACUCUGCAGGCAUGGGCGGCCGAGCUGCAAGGGCAGGGCCUGGCGCCCCGCCCCGGCUUCUCCUUGGCAGACUUCCUGACGCGCCCGGCAGAAGUGCGACGGUGGGUGGCCGCAAGCCCGCCGGGCGCCUGCGCAGGCGCAGAGAGCGCUGCGGCUGUGAUGCUGGCGCGGCGGGCGCCGCUGUGCAUCGACCCGCAGGGGCAAGCCGGCCGCUGGCUGCGCGCGAUGGAGCAGCCCAGCGGCCUCCUGGUGUUGGCGGCGGGCCAGCGCGGGUGGCUGCUGGCCCUGGCCAGGGCAGAGGAGGCUGGGCGGACGGUGCUGCUCGAGGGCCUGGGGGAGGUGAUGCCGCCAGAGUUGGAGCAGGUGCUGGAUCGUCGGCGCGCGGCAGGCGUGGCGCAGGUGGCAGCCAGGGCCGCGGCAGGCAUUGCCGAGGCCAGGGCGGCUGGCGGUGAGUCGGCCGAUGCGGGCGAGGGGGGCGAGGACCCCUUCGGACUGGAGCUGGCGCUGGACGACGAACCGUUCCGAGAGGAGGUUGUUUCCAGGCUGUACCUCACCACCUGGCUCAGCGAUCCGGCUUUCUCGCCGCAGACCUGCGUGCGCGCGGCGCUGGUGGACUUCAGCGUCUGCCCCGAGGCGCUCCAGGACAGGCUCCUGGCCUGUCUGCUGUCCGACCUGGAGCCCACGUGCGCCGAGCCGCGUGCGGACCUCGCCGCGGCCGCCGGCGAGCGAAGAGUGGUGCUCGCCGACGUCGAGGAGAUGCUGCUGCAGCUGAGCCUGCUAUCCCCAGGGGACGUGCUCUCGGACGAGCCGAUGGCCGAGCUGGCCCGGCGCGGGCGCACCGCGGGCGAGCGCCACCGGGCCGCCACGCGAGCUAUGGCGGAGGCCGGCCUGGCGGCCGCGGAGGCGGCCUUCGUGGGGCUGGCGGAGUACGCGGCGGCAAUGCUCCUGUCCCUGGCGGCGCUGGAGCGCCUCGACCCCAUGUACGCGCAAUCGGUCACGUCGCUGGAGGGGCUCUUUGGCUGCUGCUGCAUGGAGGUGGCCGGCGCCUCCGCAGGCGGCGCCGCGGCGGGGCGGGGCGCGGGGCGCCUCGCCGAGGCCGCGGGCGUGAGGGAGGCGUUCACGAACGCGCUGCUGGCCGAGGUCGGCAGGUCGCUGCUCCCGCGACACCGCGCCCUGCUGCCAGUGGUGCUUGCCCUGGGCGUCGGCCGGCUCGAGCCGGCCGGCUCCCCGUUCAGCGCCAGCGCCGAAGACUGCCAGGCCCUGCCGACGCUGGCGCGGCCCGAGCAGUGGCACGGCGCCCUCGUCGCAGCAGGCGACCCCGACGCUCUGCUCCAGGAGGGCUCGGAGCGGCUGUCUGUGCUCCAGAGGGUGCUCGCGCUGCGGCGCGUCGGCCCCGAGGCGGCGUCGGAGGCCCUCGUGGCUUGGGCCGAGGAGGCCCUGGGCGUCGCGGGCAGGCCCGCUCCACGGCCGCAGCUCAAGGAGCUGCUGGCGCACGCCGCCGAGGACUCUGGGCCGGAGCUGCCUGUGGUCUUGCUCCUUUCGCCGGGGCUCGACCCGCUGCCCGCGCUGCUCUGCUCGGCGGGCGCCUCCAGCAGGCGCCUCCGCGCCGUGACCCUCGGCCCUGGCCGAUGGCCCUUGGCCGCCGCGGCCGUCGCGGAGGCGUCCGCGGCCGGGGCGUGGGCACUGCUCGAGAACUGCCACCUCGCGCCCGAGAGCGCGGGCGACCUCGCCGGGCUGUGCGAGGAGCUCCACAGCGGCGACCCGCGCCACGCGGACUUCAGGCUCUGGAUCUCGUGCCUGCCUGGCGCGUGCUUCCCGCGGUCCGUGCUGCUCGAGAGCCUGAGGCUCGCAUGCGGGCCCCCUCAGGGCGUGAAGGCCCAGCUGAAGGCUGCGCUGGAGGCGAUGCCGCACACUGACGGCGUCAAGCUCCCGAGGAGUGUCGACGAGGCCACACGGACGCUCGCGCUGGUGCACGGCGCCGCGGCCGCGCGCCUCGACUUUGGCGCGCUGGGAUGGAGCACGCCGUACGCGGUGAAACAUCAGGACCUGGUGUCGGCGGCGCACGAGCUGCAGUGCCUCGCGCAGCAGAGCCCCAACGAGGACCCCGCCAGGGCGCUGGGCCUCGCGCUGCUCGACUGCGGCUACGGCGGGGCGGGGCCGCAGGACCAGGCCAUGCUGAUGGCGCUCAUUGACGUCUUCCAGCCCGGCGCUGCCGGCGGAGCACUCACCCGUGCCCGCCGCCCACAGGCCGUGCUGGCACUGCUGGAGAGCGUGCCGGAGCCCUCGCUGCCCGCGGUUUGCGGCUUCAGCUGCGGCGCGCAGGCGCACCUCGAGCGCAGGGUGGCCGAGGAGCUCCUCUGCGACCUGGCGGUGGCCUUCCCUGCCGCCCACGGCGCCCUCGCUGCGGCGGGCGGAGGGCAGGGCGGCGAGGCGGGCGUGCCGGACCCCUGGGAGUGCCUCGCGCUCACGCUCGUGCCGCUGCUGGCCUCCCUGCCUGCACUGGCGGAGGCCCCAUCGAGCUGGCGAGAGGGCGCGGCGGAGGGUGGGCACCUCGAGCUCGCCCUGGAGCGGGAGGUGCAGCGGUACGGGGCCCUGCUGGGGGCAGUCGAGGGCUCGCUGCAGCGCAGCAGCGCCUGCCGCGAGGGCAGGGAGGUGCCCGGGGCCGACGACGAGGCACUGCUGCUGUCCGUGGCGCAGGGGCGCGUCCCCGCGGCGUGGCUGGCGCUGUCGUACUUGUCGCCCAAGCCCCUCCGCAGCUACAUCGAGGACCUCGCCGACCGCGUCCUCUUCAUCAACGAGUGGGCCGCUCGGGGCGCGCCCCCUGCGGAGUUCUGGCUCCCGGGCCUUUUCGCCGUCCGGCCCUUCCUGGCGGCGGCACGCUGCGAGCUCGCCGAGAGGCUCGGUGUGCCUGCGGACGGCGUCGAGGUUGACUUCAGCGACCCCAGCGACGCCGACCCUGGCGCCGUGGCAGCCUCCGUGGCCACGGCCGCGGCGGCCUCCAUCGUCGAGAGCGCGGCGACCGCCGCCGCCGCGGCACCCGGCGAGGCACCGGCGGCCCUGGCCGGCCACGCGGCGGGUGGCGACGAAGGGGAUGGUGCCGCAUGGGGAGCGCGCGGCCUCGGGGUGUGGGCUCACGGCCUCUUCCUGCAGGGCUGCCGCUGGGACCCGGCGGCCCGCCACCUGGCCGAGCUGGAGCCGGGCGUCGGGGCGCUCCCGGUGCCGCUGCCGCCCGUGCAGAUCGGGGCGCGACUGCUGGGGCCCGACGGCCCGGAGGGCGCCCCGGCGCGGCUCGCGCCAGACUCGGGGCGCUACCGCUGCCCCGUCUACUGCACACCCCUGCGGGGGCACACGAUGCCUCAGCAGACAGUAGCGGGGACCACGGACCCGAUCUUCAGAAUCGGCCUGCGCUCCGCCCUGGACCAGAAACAUUGGGUGCGGUGCGGUGCGGCGGCGCUGACGCAGCUGGACAGCUGACCGGGAGCCUCUCAGAGGCCAGCACAAGCUGCAGCAAUAUUGCAGCCCGUCACGUGCGGAUCCAGCGAGGAUGGCCCCGCGGGUAGAGAAGCCCUGCGAAAACG